AUGCCUUCGCCAAUUCUCUCCAUAUCUUCUCCAAAACUCUUUGAAAACUUCAUGAUCAUGCCAACUCCAAGCCAAGAGAUUUGCAUCAAAAGGAUAAAAUCCAUGCCUUUGCUCAUUCAACUUCAUCACUAUCAAGAGGUUACCAUGUUUAUGACCAUAAUCACCAAACCAAAACAGCCCCUGCACCAAACCUCACUCUCAUACUCUCAAAAUCGCAGCUUAACAACCAACUCACAUAGAAACGCAAAAGAAGAAAAGGGAGAUAGAAGAAGUAGGAGAAGCGAGAAGAAGCUAAAGAUGAAGCAAAGAGGAGAAGAGACAUACCGGAGGCUCGAAGCUUCGUCGGAAUCGUCCGUCAGCACUGCCACGAGAUAG